UAAAUCCCCCACUAUUGCACACGCGACAGUCUUGGAGAGUUGAUGUGAGGCGCAAAACAUGCGUGCAUUUACAGCUGUUUCCCAGUUGCUGACUGGCCGUCGAGUGGUUUAUAGUGAUAGACAGAGACGGCUAAUAUUCAUAAAUAUAUCUAUACGUAGGAACGAGAGAGAAAGAGUGGAAGAAGAGGAGGAAAAAAAAUAUAUUCAACCGAUAACCCUCUUUUUUCCCUCUUUCGUGGAUAUAUUUUUACAACGUCAUCAACAAUCAUUGGUCAUUGCUGAGAGACUUGACAAUUAUUUUGUGGACAUAUUUAUGUCUUUAUCUAUCUCGUGGUUACACGAAAUGGGUGAAGACUGGAGAUUCUUCGUCAUCACUUCGGAAAAAGAGAAAAAAAAGCCCAUGAAUACGACAGAUUUUCGUGAGUCUGUGAACAGUCGUGUCCCCGAACAAAAUUUAUUUUCGUUCUUUUGCAUAACCACCAAGCUGACAAUUAUUUGCGUUCGUUCGUGAUAUAAAGAUUAUCACUUUUAUUGUUAUUGCAACAAACGGGAAAAUAAUAACAACAAUUGGAAAAAAAAAGUUUUAAAAAAUAUCAAAAACGAAGACAGUGGCUAAAUUAAACAAAGAAAAUAACGAGAUACGAAGAUAACGUCAAUGAUACAUACGCUCGUGCACUCCCUGUAAACCUGUUAACAACACUUUCAAUUUAUUAAUUGUUUCACUUGUGUGUGAACACCACUCGUCAGUAUACCACUUGGUCAGUGUUGAAGCACGCGAGUUCUAAAUCAUUUAAAUCUACCUUCUAUCUGUGCCGAUAGAAGAGCCAACUGGUACUGCAACUGAUACCAUUUGUCUUCUUAUUUUUAUCUACUGAUUGGUCAGGGAUAAAAAUAAGAUAUUGGUUAUAAUUCCAAAAUUCAAGAAAAUAAGAAGACGAUUUUUAAAAUACAUAUUCAUAUCAACAAUGGGAUUAGCAGAUGCUGAUCUGAGUAUGGGAGCAGGUGGUACAGGAGGAUCAGUCCUCGGAAUUCCAGGUUCAGGAGUUGGUGGUGUUUUAUCCCAACACUGUGCUAUUUGUGGUGAUAGAGCAACAGGAAAACAUUACGGUGCAGCUUCAUGUGAUGGUUGUAAAGGAUUUUUCCGGCGCUCAGUUAGAAAAAAUCAUUUGUACACGUGCAGAUUCAGCAGAAAUUGCGUUGUGGAUAAGGACAAACGAAAUCAGUGUAGAUACUGCAGGCUAAGAAAAUGCUUUAAAGCUGGUAUGAAGAAAGAAGCGGUGCAGAAUGAACGAGACCGGAUAAGUUGUAGAAGACCAAGUUAUGAAGAGCAGACAAGCAAUGGAGGUGGUCUAUCCGUUGUCUCUUUGCUUCAAGCUGAAAUGCUCAGCAGACAAGUCGGGGCGGCCUUAGAGGUUCAGCAACUGGGAAGCCCAAGUAAUGAGACUGAUCUCAGUAAUAAACAGAUAGCAAACAUCAAUGAUGUGUGUGACAGCAUGAAACAGCAACUAUUAAUUUUAGUAGAGUGGGCGAAAUAUAUUCCUGCAUUCAGUGAACUCACCCUUGAUGAUCAAGUUGCUUUGCUUAGGGCACAUGCUGGAGAACAUCUUCUUCUUGGUGUAGCAAGGCGUAGUAUGCAUCUCAAUGACGUCUUACUACUAGGCAAUAAUUGUAUUAUUACAAAAAGUUGUCCUGUAAUAUCAUUGUCUGCAGAAGGACGUAAUCAAGACCUAGAUAUGAGCCGAGUUGGAAUACGAAUAAUGGAAGAACUGGUCAAGCCCCUGAACGAAGUUCAAAUUGAUGACACGGAAUUUGCUUGCCUCAAAGCCAUAGUAUUUUUCGAUCCAAAUGCAAAAGGAUUGAGUGAACCUGCACGAAUAAAGCAUUUACGUUAUCAAAUCCAAAUAAAUCUUGAAGAUUAUAUCAGUGAUCGUCAAUAUGACAGUCGAGGUCGAUUCGGUGAAAUUCUUUUAACACUACCAGCUCUACAAUCAAUUUCUUGGCAAAUGAUUGAACAAAUUCAGUUUGUAAGAUUGUUUGGAGUUGCCCACAUCGAUAGUUUACUUCAAGAAAUGCUAUUGGGAGGUGCUUCUACUGAACUUAAUGGUACAGCAACUCCUCUACCUAUUUCUAACCCACCUGAGAGUUACGUGAGUAGUAAUGAAAGUCCAAGUAGCCCAUUAACUCCAGCUAAUGUUGGUCCUCUGAGUCCACAAGACCACAUGCUAGGUGCAGGCAGUCCAGUAAUGAUCUUACGUGAUUUAACUUCAAUUACUUCACAUGAAGAAAAUAAUUCUGUUACGGGGUUUCGACUUUUUAAGCAGGAACCGAGUUUAGAAACAGAAACAACAUUUUGACUAGAUUUUGAAGAGGUAGUUUUAAGAACUUGACAUUUUUUAAGAUCAAUAAUUGCAUCUUGCCUUCUUUUAAGAAUACCUCAUCUUAUUUUACAGCUAAAUAAGAGUGAUAUUACAUAAUUAUCAUACUAAUAUUGUAAAAUGAAUGUUUACACAAUUUCAAAUUGUGUAGUGUUGAUAAAUAUACAACCAAGUGCCUUGAUCCAGUCAAAUUGACAUUUAUAUAAAAAUAUUUGUAUACAUCCAGAGUAUAUUUUAUAUCAAAAAUAGUUUCGAGUUAAGUUAAAGUAAUAGUAGUUAAGAUUAAAUAAUUUAUCGAGUUCUAAAAUACAUUAUAAUCAUCAUCAUAAUCGAUAUAAUCACAAAAGUCAAAACAUACCUAGUGCUCAAACUCUUGCUCAAUAUUAACUUAGAUGUUAAGAAUAUAAUUAAUAUUAUACCUAUCAUAAUCAAAUAGAAGAAGCGCUCGAUAUAAGUAUAGGCUAUGGAUCAAUAGAAUAUAUUGAUAAUUUUAUAUGAAUAAAAUUUUGUGAAAAUUAUAAUUUGUAGAAUAAGGACGCAUAAUAUGUGAUAUUAUGUUGAAUAGUGAAACAUCAAUUUAUUGUUAAUUCUUUUUAAUGAAUAAUUAAAGUAAAAUUUUCUUCUAAUUUUUUUUUGCUCUAAUUGAGGAUAAUAAUAAUGAAUAAUUUUAGAGGAUUAUUUAUAAUAAUCAAAUAACUAUUUUGAUAUUAUACAUGAAUGCAAUUUCCAACAUUAAAGACAAGUGAGUCAGUAAUAAAUAUAAAAAUAAUCACUGUUUAUGAGUUUAGCAGUUUGUCAAAAAUUUCUUUGAAUAAUUAUUAUAAGAGCUUUGAU